GUGCAUCAUUUCUUCUUGAUCAUUCUUCCCAAAUGUCGUCUAACUUUGAUUCAACAACAUAUCCACCUCCUCCAUCCAGAAGUACACCUCGACAAAGAGAAAAACAAAAAGAAGGUAGUGAAUCAGAAACACUUUAUUCACAUUCACCACAUCAUAAAGAAGACAAUCUUUAUCGAAAACGAAGAGCAAGAGUGAAUUGUGGUUUAGAUCCUUUACACGUUGUUGCAUUGAUUGUUUUGGCAGGAUUUAUUCUUUCUUUUAAUCCCGGUAUACUUUCUUAUCGAACAUACAUCGCACCUUUCAAACGACAAUCUAACAUCCAACCAGUACCUGCACACGAAACAAUGGUUUGGCAAAAAACAUUCACUCUUCCAAGCGCAAGCAAAGGAUGUCAUUUAGUUACUCCUUCGGUCGAACGAGAGAUCAAUGAAGGUUUACGCAACGUAAAAGCAGGUCUGCUAACUUUGUUCAUCCAACAUACAUCUGCAGCUUUAAGCGUUAAUGAAAAUUAUGAUUCAACCGUUCGAACGGAUAUGAAUAUGGCAAUGGAUAAAAUUGUACCGGAAUCGUUACCUUGGAAACAUACGGAUGAAGGACCUGAUGAUAGUGCAAGUCAUACGAAAGCUUCACUUUUUGGUUCUUCUAUCACAAUUCCAAUCACUGAUGGUCGUUUGAAUUUGGGAACAUGGCAAGGCAUUUAUCUUUGUGAAUUCCGUGCUGCUAAGCAUAGCAGGCGAAUCGUUGCUACAGUAUUGCCAUAAUAAGUCGUUCAGGUAAAUGAUGUAUCAUAC